AGCCAGAAACCUGAUCCCCAUGGACCCUAAUGGUCUGUCUGACCCCUACGUGAAGCUCAAGCUCAUCCCUGACCCCAAGAACGAGACCAAACAGAAGACCAGGACCAUACGCUCCUCACUCAACCCCACCUGGAAUGAGUCUUUCAGCUUUAAGCUGAAGGUAAUGGAUAAGGACCGUCGUCUGUCUAUAGAGGUGUGGGACUGGGACCGUACCACCAGGAACGACUUCAUGGGCUCAAUGUCGUUCGGUGUGUCUGAACUAAUCAAGUCCCCCGCCUGCGGCUGGUACAAGAUGCUGUGCCAGGAGGAAGGGGAGUACUACAACGUUCCCAUCCCUGAGAUCGACGACGUCAACAUGGAGCUCAGGCAUAAGUUUGAGGCCUGCCAAUUAAACCACUACCUCAAGAAAGCCAAGUUGGGCCAUGGGAAGAAAGUGAUUACGCCAGCGGACCACAGACGGUUCAGCUCGGACCGCACCAUGCCCGGAAUGGACCGUGUCCGACUCAGUGACUUCAACUUUCUGGCUCUGCUGGGGAAGGGCAGCUUUGGCAAGGUGAUGCUGGCAGAGAUGAAGUCCACAGAGGAGCUGUACGCCGUCAAGAUCCUGAAGAAGGACGUGGUGAUCCAGGAUGAUGAUGUGGAGUGUACCAUGGUGGAGAAGAGAGUCCUGGCCCAGAGAGACAAACCACCGUUCCUCACUGCACUCCACUCCUGCUUUCAGACUGUGGAUCGUCUGUACUUUGUGAUGGAGUAUAUUAAUGGAGGGGACCUCAUGUACCACAUUCAGCGAGUGGGCAAGUUCAAGGAGCCACAGGCAGUGUUCUAUGCUGCAGAGAUCGCUGUGGGCCUGUUCUUCCUGCACAGAAAGGGUGUUGUAUACAGGGACCUCAAAUUGGACAACGUGAUGCUGGACUCUGAGGGCCACAUUAAGAUAGCAGACUUUGGCAUGUGUAAGGAGAACAUGUAUGAAGGCAUGGUCACACGCACUUUCUGUGGUACCCCCGACUAUAUCGCCCCAGAGAUCAUUGCAUAUCAGCCCUAUGGGAAAUCAGUGGACUGGUGGGCUUAUGGGGUUCUCCUCUACGAGAUGCUAGCAGGACAGCCGCCUUUCGAUGGAGAGGAUGAAGAUGAGUUGUUCCAGUCCAUCAUGGAGCACAACGUGUCCUACCCCAAAUCCAUGUCUAAGGAGGCUGUCGUCAUCUGCAAGGGAUUCAUGACCAAGCACCCAUCAAAGCGUCUGGGCUGUGGUCUGGAGAGCGAGAGGGACAUCCGGGAGCAGGCCUUCUUUAGACGUAUAGACUGGGACCGCCUCGCCAACAGAGAGAUCCAACCGCCAUUCAAGCCUAAAACGGGUGGCAAAGGAGCAGAAAACUUUGACAAGUUCUUCACACGCACCCAGCCCAUGUUGACCCCUCCAGACCAGCUAGUCAUCGCCAACAUUGACCAGAGCGACUUCGCUGGUUUCUCCUACAUCAACCCACAGUUCAUCCACCCUUCCCUCCUCCACAGUGUGGUAUGAGGGGAUAGAUCAGGGAGAGGAGGUUGAGAGAGAAAGAGGUUGGUGAGAGAGCAAGAGAGAGAGAGAGAGAGAGGAGAGAGGGGGAGAAGAGAGCCAUGUGGACUGGGACUGGGACAGCAACCCUCCAGAUUGACCACCAAUCCCCUAUUGUCACUUUGUCAAAGAGACUAAUAUUAUCUUCAUGUGUUCUCUGGACUUCAGUCGGCGACAUUCUGUAAACAAGCUGUCCGCGAACGAUCUCGAUUGGAAUUUGUCUGAUGCGAUGGAGGGGGUAAGGGAGGGGGGAGGGGUUGGUGUACAGGGGAGUAUGUCUAUCUGGUGAUUGAGCGCAGUAAUCAUGGAUACAUUGAUUUGUGAAGUAGGCCUGCAGUAAGCGUUGACCGUACAGUAAGCGUUGACAUGAAUUGCACACUGUUACCAUGGGGAACCCUUUAACUCUGCAACCUACUGGCCUAACAUUCAGGAAUGGGUUCCAUGUUUUCCACAGUUCCAGAACCUCCUACUUGCUCUAGAACCUAGAGCCAAACCCUACCUUCCUGUCCGGAAGUUGUCUGUGGGACUACAUACAGUAUCUCAUGAUUCCUCAGUGUGUUGCUAUGGAUAGUAAAAGAGCACUCCCUCCCUAUGAAGCAUGAUGGAACAUACCCUCCUGUCCCUAUCUUUCCUCUCUCUGCUGUACCUACUGUACUGUACUGCCAUUUC